AUGGAGAUCUUUCCGGUGCAGUUCUGCAGGAACAUAACAAUGAUGUCGGGGAGGAGAUACCAGAGGCUGGAGGACGGAGAGGUGGUGGGGGACCGGAGGAGUCGGAGGGUAGUGAAGCUCGGCGGCGGUGGCGGCCGGAACAAGAAGAAACUGGGCAACGGCGGUGCCGCCGGUGGCCGGGGGGGGCUGAGGAUGCGACGGAUUUUGAGGUUCUGCUCCCCCAUGAGGCUGCUGGUCCGGGCCAAGGACUCGUACAUCAGCGCCAUGCUGGCGAUGGCCGGGAAGGGCGGCCGCAUGUCGGGCUUCGCCGGUUCGGGGGCACUUUGGUCCAAGAGGGUUCCCAAGGGCCGCCCGGCGGCGCCGCCCCCCAUCGACUUCGACACCAGGAUCCUCAUCGAGGUCUACAAGUCCCUGCUCGCCCCCCGAGAGUUCGCCGCCUUGUGA